AUGCUCGAAAUAAAAGCGUUUUUGUCAAAAGAGGUCAAGGGCAUAAUGAGUUCAGGGACCGUGGAGCACUGUAUCCAGUGGGCUCAAGAUAAUGGAGCUUACAUCGAUGACAAAAUUGAGUUCAAAGAAGAUGCUUUAGCUGGGGUUCAUGCGAUUGCAAAAAAGUCCGUAAAAAGCAGUGAUCCUCUUUUGAAGAUUCCCAAAAAGUUAAUUUUGCGCCGCAGUUUGGCAGAAGAUCAUUUUGGUGUAAAGGCUACAUCUGAGGGGAAUCCAAACGCUCUUUUGCAACUUUAUUUGGCCAAAUUGAAAUUUGAUAAUACCUGUUCAGAGUCUGCGUUUUUCGAACCAUACUUGAAUAUUCUUCCCACCGUCAAUGCAAUCAAUUCGCCCUACUUUUGGAGCGGUCAGGAACUUGCCGCUAUGAAGGGCACAGAGCUGUUGAUCAAGACCAAAAGAAAUCUGAAAAAAUUGGUCAGCGAAUGGUUUGAUGUUACUACAAAGGUGAACGCUACCGAUGAAGAAGAUACUCAGUUUUAUCUUGCAUCGUCGUCGAGCCCCAAUUCCGAUAUCACAGACAUGUUAAAACGGUCCAACUCGCCAAAGUGGCAUAGCUUCGAGGCAUACUUGUGGGCUUCAUACAUCUUUUCUUCUCGUGCUUUUCCUGAACUGAUUUUCGAAGGUAGCGCAGUUGAAAACCCCAACCAGGCCUUUUUGCUCCCUGUCGUUGAUCUGCUCAAUCAUGCGAAUGGGAAGAAGGUCAGCUGGAAAGACGACAUCAAAGACAAUGCGGUGACCUUCACGACCAGCGAGACACUUUCUGCAGGCAAAGAGCUCUUUAAUAAUUAUGGUGACAAGUCGAAUGAGGAACUGCUGAUGUGCUACGGUUUUGCUUUUCCUAAUAAUGAGUUUGACACUACCACGUUGACGCUUAGAUUUCCUCAAGAGCAGCUGGGCGCUUUCCACAAAAUGGGCAUCAAGCUCGACGACGUUAGCACAGAGGACAGCUCCGUUAACUUCACACUAUCAGUAGAGCAAGCACUCCCUGCAGAGCUCAUCAAAGUUUUCGGUGUAUUGAAUAAGCUCACUUCAGAGGCGUUUUCGACAACGCGAAGCACUCUAGAGGGGACGGUACAAUUGAAUGGUAUUUUAGAUCAGAAACUAAGCUUUUUCAAAACUGCAUCCAAACUCAAAGACUCUCUUAAAUCUCCAGAAAAGUCCAAGUAUGCGAAAGCUUACCUGACGGGACAAAAGAGAAUUUAUCAAGAAGCUUCAGACAGCAUCAAAAAGUACCAAAAGAAACUCAUAAAAGUGUCAAAACCUGUUUCAUUCAAAACUCUUUUCAAGCAGGAUGUCCCCUUCGUAAACAGCUUGACACUCACAUUUGGAGUCGCCAAGUAUGAUGAUUUGCUUGCUAAGGGAUUUUUGCAGCAAGCUCUUCUUUUAUGGUUAGUGAGAAAUUCCAACGGGGGACUACAGUACAAAGUUCCAGAAUUUAUUGAUGCCACUUUCCAAGAUGUGGCAGCUACCAUCGUUGUUGAGAAAGAGGACGUUCAGGAAUAUCUGCCUUUUUACAAAAGUCUAUUUCCUCAAAUUACCACCAAAAUACCAGAGGUGUACAACAAGGGAGAUUGGGGGAUCAAAAAAUUCAUCAUUGCCGGCACUGUUAUCGACAGAUUGGUAUGGACGUUGCCAACUUCACAAGAGGCCCUUUUUUUCGAGAAAAAAGCAGUUUAA